CCACCAUCAGCAAAAUUCUGAUAUAUAUUCAAAAUGGGUCGCGUUCGCACUAAGACCGUUAAGAAGGCCUCGCGCGUUCUGAUCGAGAAGUACUACCCAGUCCUUACUCUCGACUUCAACACCAACAAGCGCCUCUGCGACGAUGUUGCCAUUAUCGCCACCAAGCGUCUGCGCAACAAGAUCGCCGGCUUCACCACCCAUCUGAUGAAGCGUAUCCAGAAGGGCCCUGUUCCCGGCAUUUCCUUCAAGCUGCAGGAGGAGGAGCGCGAGCGCAAGGACAACUACGUCCCUGAAUUCUCCGCCCUUGACACCUCGUCCAUCGAGGUUUGCCCCGACACUGAGAGCAUGCUCAAGUCCCUCAACUUCGAGAAGCUUUCGGGCAUCUCCGUCACCGCCCCCGUCCGCGCCGGCCGUCCUCGCCGCGACUUCCGUCGUCGUGACCAGCGCCCUCGCCCUGCUCGCCCGGCUGUCGCUGCCCCCGCUGCCGCUCCUGCUACUCCCGUUGAGGCUUAAGUAGUUUUUCUUGCUUUUGUCUACUAUUAAUUGGAUGUUGAUGUGAUGUCCAUGUUUAUUUAUUCCCAUUG